AUGGCCCAGAUGGAGCUGGAUGUCAUAGACCACAGUGCUCCUCUGGAUCUGACUCCCUACAUCCUCAACCCAGGGAUCCUGGAGUCCGGCCGCCCUAGGAACCUGACCUGCUCUGUGUCCUGGGCCUGUGAACAGGGAAGGCUCCCCACGAUCUCCUGGAUGGGGACCUCUGUGUCCCCCCGGAGCCCCAUCAGCGCUGCCUCCUCAGUGCUCACCCUCAUUCCGCAGCCCCAGGACCACAACUCCAGCCUCACCUGUCAGGUGACUUUGCCUGUGGCCGGUGUGACUGGGACCAGAACCAUCCAUCUCAAUGUGUCCUACGCCCCUCAGAACUUGACAGUGACUGUCUACCAAGGAAAUGACACAGUACCCAAAACACUGAGAGAAGAUUCAUCUCUUCGGGUUCUAGAAGGACAGCCACUACUCCUGGUUUGUGCUGCCAGCAGCAACCCUCCAGCCAGGCUGAGCUGGGCCCGGGGGAGCCUGACCCUGAGCCCCUCACAGCCCUCGAGCCCUGGGGUCCUGAAGCUGCCUCAGAUGCACCUUGCAGAUGAAGGAGAAUUCACCUGCCGAGCUCAGAACCUUCUGGGCUCCCAGCAUGUCUCCCUGAGCCUCUCCCUGCAGAAGUGGCCUGGGUCAGGCAUGAUGCUGGGGCCCCUUGCGGGAGCCGGAGCCACCGCCCUGGUCUUCCUGUCCUUCUGCGUCAUCUUUGUCGCAGUGAGGUCCUGCAGGAGGAAGUCGGCAAGGCCAGCAGCAGGUGAGGGUGAUGCAGGCAUGGAGGACGCAGACGCUGUCAGGGGCUCAACUUCUCAGGUCUCCUUGGUUAAGCCACAGGCAAACAACAGCCCCCCAGCCCAGCCUCCUCCAUCUAUGGUCGCCUCCACCUCCGGGGAGGACCAAGAGAUCCACUAUGCUUCACUCAGCUUCCAUAAGAUAAAACCUCAGGAACCAGAGGGCAACGAAUACUCAGAGAUCAAGAUCCACAAGGGAGAGGCUGCAGAGACUCAGCCCUGGGUGAGGGUUCACGAUCCCUCAGAAACCAGGGAAAAGUCAUAG